AUGCACGAAAUUAGCACCUCCGUCUUCCUGGCAAAGCUCAAGGGCGCAUUGGCGGAAAAGAUCGCUCCAACGACAGCUCCUGUAGCGGCGCAGCCCUCACAGUCUCAGCAGAGAUUGCCGGACAUCAGCAUCCCGUCCUUCAAGGGCGUGUACGAGGCAUGGCCUACGUAUCGCGAUCUCUUCAAGGCGUCUUAUCUGGACCAGCUCUUCGCCAGCUCAACACCGGUGCAAAAGAACGCCAAGGCACUGGACCAGCUGCUCAACACGUUCAAGGAGGGCAUCAAGGGCCUACAAUCCUUGGGCGUCUCGCAGGAUCUCGGCGACUGCGUCCUGGUAUACCAGUUGUCUAGGCAGUUGGAUCGCCAAACCAAGGAGCAGUGGGAGACAUCGUUGGGCGCCGCGUGCGAGUAUCCGCGAUUCGAGAAACUCGAGCAAUUUCUCACCUCGCGAGCACGAGCACUCGAGAGAUCGAAUCAACGGCCAGCUCAAGAAGCUCGGCAGGGGCUGCUUCCACAACACGGCGCUCCUCGACGGCUCAUCAUGCGGCAGCUCAACAGGCACGCACCAAUACAUCAGACGGCUCAACGGAGUACCCGUGAAUGGCCGCAUCUCACCAAGUUACCCUUGGCGGAUCCAGAUUUUCUGACACCACGGUCAGUGGAUAUUAUCAUUGGAGCUGACUCAUAUCGGCAGAUCAUCAAGCCCAACAUCAUCAAACGGGAUACAUUGAUGCCAAUUGCGCAGUUCUCAAUCUUUGGAUGGCUCGUUCUCGGGCCUGUCGACACAUCAUCAUCGGCAUCUGCUGCAGUGCAUCAUGCAUCGAUUCAGGAGAGGGAAGAUGCUCUCGACGAGUUACUAUCGAGAUUUUGGACACAGGAAGAAGUGCCUGCGAGCAACAAUUUUGAGCUUACUCCUGACGAGCAAAGAUGUGAAGAACAUUUCAAGAGUACUGUCUCACGGGAUUCAACAGGUCAUCAAUUUAUGACAGAAUAUCGAGAUCUCAACCACAUGAAGAAAGCCUCACCCGUUUCCAGUCAGCAAACGCAAUAUUAUUUGCCACAUCACGGAGUGCUCAAACCAGACAGUGCAACCACGAAAUUACGUGUGGUAUUCAAUGGCUCGAGCGCAUCCACAUCUGGCCGCUCACUUAAUGAUAUAAUGCACACGGGAGCCAAGUUGCAUUUAGACAUCACCGAUGUCUUGCUCUGGAUUCGACAAUUUCGACACCUAGUUGCCACGGACAUCACCAAGAUGUAUAGACAGAUCAACGUGCAUGAAGAUGACUGGAAUUUACAACGGAUUCUCUGGCUCGACGAACUGCUCAAUGAAGUGGCAUAUUAUCUAACCACGGUCACGUAUGGCACCAAGACUGCCCCGUUCUUGGCAGUACGAACGCUGCUGCAACUGGUGAAGGACGAAGGCCAUAAUUUUCCUCUUGCAGUGCCGUCCAUCCUUCAAGGUCGAUACGUCGACGACAGCUUUGGAGGCGCUGACACUGUCCAACAGUUAAUCAAAAUUGCAUUGCAGCUGAAGAACUUGUGCAUGGCGGGCGGCUUCCCCUUGGCCAAGUGGCACGCGACUCAUCCAGACGUGCUCACUGCGGUUCAAGCAGAGAAAGACCAGGGUUCACAAAUUACAUUUGACGAUUGCGCAACCAAGAUACUCGGAUUACGAUGGCUUCCUCAAGAAGAUUCAUUCGCAUUCGCAACAAGGAUCUCGUCGCAUACCGAUCAUCUCACCAAACGCCUCGUUUUGUCUGAAGUGGCUCAGAUAUUCGAUCCACUAGGCUUUGCAUCACCAGUCGUGAUCAAGGCGAAGAUGCUCUUGCAGGAGCUUUGGCUUCAUAAGCUCCAAUGGGAUGAACCACUGCCAUCCCAGCUCUCAUCACGGUGGCUCAUCAUCAGAAAGGAACUCACCAGCUUGCGCAAGAUCUCAAUACCUCGGUGGUAUAACACACGGAGUACAUCGACAGUGGAAUUUCACGGCUUUUCUGAUGCUUCUCAACUGGCAAUGGCUGCAGUCGUAUUUAUCACCGUCCACGGCUCAAAUGGCGCCACGAUUUCAUUGGUGUGCUCCAAAACAAAGGUAGCACCGCUCAAGCGGCUCACCAUCCCGAGACUUGAACUCACCGCAGCUCUGCUGCUCUCAAGACUCAUGCAAUACGUUCAAGUCACCUUAAAGUUGAACGUCACAGCAACUCACCUGUGGACGGACUCUGUUGUGACACUCACGUGGAUCAAAUCUCAUGCAUCGCGCUGGAAGGAUUUCGUGAGAAAUCGGGUUUCUCAAAUUCAAGAGCUCACUGCGAACGCACAUUGGAAAUACGUACCAGGUACGUCCAACCCAGCCGACUGCGCAUCACGAAGAUUAAAUACUGCUCAACUCCAAAGUCACUCAUUAUGGUGGACGGGAGCACCGUGGAUACUCACCCCUGAAGCUUGGCCAUCUCAACCCGCGCUUUCGGACGAGUUGAGCGCGCAUGAGGCUUGUCCUGGCAUUGCGCUACAUGCGGCCGCAUCUCAACCGGAGUAUCACUGGGACCUGAUCUAUAGAUUCAUAUCGCUUCUGGGAAAGCGCCGACGCAAGCCACUGGACUUACACUCAGCUUUGGAGGAGGCCAGAUUCUUCUAG